UAGUGGCAGCUCCAACAGCAGCAUCUGGCUGGGUCUGAAUAGCAGCCACUCAGCCCCGGACUUUCCUAGGGACUGGGCUGAAACCUAGGGAUCCUGGUGAUCAACACUCAGGUGCAGUAUCAUGUCUGCCAACAAAGGCUGGUGGGUGCCCUCUGAGGGUGAGGACAGUGUUUCUGGGAAGUUCCUGAGGAAGACCAGGGAGUCUCCGCUGGUGCCUAUAGGCUUGGGAGCCUGCUUGGUGGUGGCAGCGUACCGGAUUUACCGGCUGAAGGCUCGGGGUUCCACCAAAAUGUCCAUACAUCUCAUUCACACCCGAGUGGCAGCACAGGCCUGUGCGGUGGGUGCCAUCAUGCUAGGCGCUGUGUACACAAUGUACCGAGAUUACAGCAAGAGGACAUCAUCGGAUGCUGGGGAGAAGUAGGACCACGGGGACUCGGGCAGUCGGAUCCCCAUGUCAAUCUCUGUGAGCUCCUAAUAAAGUAGUCUUGAG